AUGCUAGGGCUCACCGCUCACAUUCAACAAUCAAGAAUCAUUACCCAAAUUUAUGAGAUAAAAUUGAGCUACUCAAAAUCACUGCACAAAGUUGUGAGAUGCUGGGCCUCGCUGUUCACAUUUGGUGUUCAAAUAUGUGGUGGAGUGGGGUCCACACUCAGAAAACCAAAAUACUCUAUACGUGGGGGGUUGAAGUCCACACUCAAAAAGUCGAGCUACUCUCUCAUGUACAACAUUCAAUUAUCUGGGGGACAGAUGUCUCUACACAGAAAAUUGAAGUACUCUCCUCGAACUGAUGGAACUCCCUCCAGAAAUUGCUACCUGAAGUUGCGAGAUGCUGGGCCUCACUGUUCACAUUUGGCAUUCAAGUAUGUGGGGGGGUAUCUGUGGUUCCAAUAA